AUGCCAGUGUGGUCGUUUGUGGAGCUGUCGACUAGCCUACUGAGUCCCAAAACGGUGGGCGUGUCGCCCUUCUUUGCACCCGCGGAGGAGCGGCUGAGCACGGAGCCGCCGCACUUGCCGACCGCGGUGUGGGACUACAUGCACUGCACGAAGCGGGCCAUCAACACCCGCAUCAUCGGUUUCUGCGAGCCCACGCUCAAGCAGUGCGUGGAUGACCUUGUGCUGUACACAAAGGCAUCCAAGUUGGGGGGAAAUGACGCCGCCGCCCUUGAUGAGGUGCUGCGGCGCCGUCGCGGCGACGUGGACGUCAACUCGCUGCCGUGGGAGCCGCGUGCUGCGUACAAGGAGUGGCUGCGUGCACAGGGAAGGCUGUGCGAGGAGUAA